AUGAAACGUGGAACAUUAAUACUUGAAGAUGGAUCUGAAUUUGAUGAUUUUGUAUUUGAAGCAAAAACAAAUACUGCCGAUAAAGUCGGUGUGCCCGAUGAAAAAGCUGUUGAUGGCUUUGGUCUACAUCGAUGGGUUGAAUUAAAUAAAAUUUAUGCAUCAGCAUUAAUUGUUAGUGCUUAUAUGGAACAGUAUAGUCAUUGGAAUGCUGUUGAAUCUCUUUCAUCAUGA